CGAAGGUGUCCUAUGAUUGGUUCAUUUCAAACUCCCAGCGCCAUUCUCGUGUCUAGUUUAUACUUCUCUUUGCACUCCCGAUCGAUGAUUGAUCAUUUAUUGACCAUUUAUCCAUCCUUUAUUGGCCACUAUUGUGCCAGGUAGAGCCGCUGGUCCUUCCUGUGUGUGGUGCCACAAGCACAAAGUGGACAGGCAGGUCCAGAUGGAGGACACUUUGAACACUCUGUCCUCCGAAGGCAGCAGCAUUCUGAGCGAGUCACGCCUGAGCCAGCCAAGCGUGUUGGAGGAGAGGGAGCAUCUGAAGGUCUACCUCCGCAUCCGACCCUUCACAGCGGCCGAGACCCAGAAUGGAGAGUCGCAGGACUGCGUGUCCAUGGAGCCUCCCGACACGGUCCUGCUGAGGCCUCCGUCUGCGUUCUGCCCACUCAGCAUCAACAGAUCCCUCCCACACCCCACUCUGCGCUUCCGCUUCUCCCAGGUGUACGGUGCAGACAUCACGCAGAGGGAGUUGUUCCAAGGAACUGUCAAGAAUCUGGUGAAAGAUGUCCUUCAAGGAGGGAAUUCCCUGGUUUUCACCUACGGGGUCACCAACGCUGGAAAAACCUUCACCUUUUUGGGUCCGGAUGGUGACGCCGGCAUCCUGCCCAGGACCCUGGACAUGGUCUUCAGCAGCAUAGAGGACAAGAUCUUGACCGGCAUGAGCGUCAAACCCCAGCGCUGCCGUGAGUUCACCAAGCUGAGCAAGGAGGAGCAGGCGGAGGAGGCGGCCUUCAAGAACAACCUCCUGAAAGACGUGAAAGAUAGCGACACGCUCGACAGCAGCCUGUGGUCUUGCAGCAGGAUUAUCCUGGAAGACGACAGACUCAGCCUCCUAGUGGACGCCGACAUCAAGUUCUCGGUGUGGGUGUCCUUCUGCGAGAUCUACAACGAGAGCAUCCACGACCUCCUGGAGGCCACGCCCAGCGGAGCGCCUCGAAGGACCGCCCUGCGCUUGUGUCAGGACAUGAAGGGAAACGCCUUCAUCAAAGACCUGCGCUGGGUCCAGGUGGACACUGCAGAGGAAGCCUACAACGUGAUGAAGCUGGGCAAGAAGAACCAGAGCUUCUCCUCCACCAGGCUCAACCAUCUGUCCAGCAGGAGCCACAGCAUUUUCUCCAUCCGCAUCCUGAGGGUCAAGGACGCCGGACUGAGCGUCAGCGAGCUGUGUCUGUGCGACCUGGCCGGCUCGGAGCGAUGUUCCAAAACUGGGAACCAAGGAGAGCGUCUGAGGGAAGCGGGGAACAUCAACGCCUCGCUGCUGAUUCUGGGCAAGUGCAUCAACGCGCUGCGACACAACCAGCAGGCCAGGCUGCACCAGCACGUCCCCUUCAGGGAGAGCAAGCUGACCCACUACCUGCAGGCCUUCUUCUGCGGCCGAGGAAAAGCCUGCAUGAUGGUCAACAUCAACCAGUGCGCCUCCAUGUACGACGAGACCCUCAAUGUCCUCAAGUUCUCCGCUGUGGCGCAGAAGGUUGUGCUUCUGCCCAGCAAGCCUACUCCCGUCACGCCCCAGAGAACCGAAUCAGAGCUGUCCUUCAUGGGCGAGGGCUGGGAGAGCAGCCUGGAGGACGUACAGGAAGAUGAGGAUGAGGAGAACAUGACCUCCAUGGAGGACGACUUUGAAGAAAUGGAUGAUGAACAGCGGGUGGCGCUGUUGAGGCAGCUCCAGGUGGCCCUGAAGAAGGAGCGAGCAGACUGCAUGCAGGUGGAAGCGCGCGUCCGGGAGGAGGUCUGCGCCGAGUUCUCCAAGCUCUUCUCCGAAAUGCAGGAGGACUUUGCCCAGCGGCUGGCGAGAGAGCAAGAGAUCCUGGAGAAGCGAGGAGAUGAGCGCUUGGAGAUCUUCAAGAGGCUCGCCGACAAGAUGUCUGACUGCGGCGCAGGUCCCGACGCACCUGCAGAAGGAUCGACGCCGGCGAGGAACUCGCGCAGUUCUUUGGAUUUAAACUCAUCUGAAGUGGCCAGCGUGACAACGUGGGGCCAUGCGAGCCAUGUAGGAGGCGGACCCCGGGAGGACGUGGGCGAGCUCGAGAGGAACGAGCCGAAACUUGGUGAGGAGGAGGUUGAAGAGAGGAGGAGGCUCAUGGCUGAGCUGCAGGACAAAUCGUCAGCUGUGGAGGAGCUGGAGAAGCGAGUGAAGGACUUGCAGGCGGCGGCGGACCAGAACCACUCACUCCAGCAGGACACCAAGAAGCUGCAGGAGACGCUCGGCGGUCUCCACAAGGAGAUGGCAAGCAAAGAGGAGGUCAUCGCUGCACUGGAGAAGAAGAUCCUGAAGACUAAGGUGCUCAGUGAGAAGCAGCAGGAAGACCUGCGUGCACAGGCGGCCUCAUGUGACCACCUCAGAGGGCAGCUCAGCGAGCAGCAGCACACUGCAGAGCAUCUGAAGACCCAACUGCAGCAAGCUGAAGAAGAAGGAAGCAGGCUUAACGCAGAACUUGCGUCUUUGAGGGAAAGGGCCGCCAGUGUAGAGGAGGAGGCGCCGCCCACGUCCUCAGAUGUGGAGGUCCAGACGGACGCGUCGACACAUGCCGAGCUGGAGAAGAAGCUGCAGGACCAGGAGGCGCAGAUAAAGGCUCUACAGAAGAACCUGCAGGAGGUACAGCAGCGCCGGGAGGAGGCCGACAGCCAUGCGCUCCAAGAGAUGCGGCGCUUGGAGGUGGAGCGCCGCAGGGAGCUGUUGGCGGUGGCCCACGAAGCGAUCGCCCUCAAGGACGCCGAGCUGGAGAAGAGAGCUCAGGAGAUCAGCAGCCUGAAGGAAAGUUCCAAGCAGGACUCGGAGAAAGUCAGGAUUCUGACCCUGGACCUUGAGAGGAAAGACGAGGACGCCGGUGACCUCCGAGAGAAGCUGGCGGACUACAAGAAGCAGAUCCAGCAGGUCCACAACGAGAUCUCCACCAUGAAAGAGGAGGAGAAGCUUUUAAGACAGAAGCUGUCUGAUGUGGAGAAAGUGAAGAAGCAGCUUCAGUCAGACGUGGCCAACAGAGACAGAACCAUCCAACAACUGAAAUUGGAGCGGCCGGUGCAGACCAAGAGCGACGAGACACAGCAGAUGUACCACAAGGCUUGUCAAGAGCUGGAGGAAAAGCAGCGAGUGAUGGAGGACAUGCGCUCGGCGCUCAUGGAGCAGGAGGAGACGCAGCAGCAGAUGGAGCAGGUCCUGGAGGAGAAGGCCGGCCUCGUCCAGGAGCUCACCAGCGAACUUGACAUUGUCAAGGAGAUGUUGAGGGAGCAAAAUGGCGGGAAGGAUUCCACCCAUCACGCUGACGGCCUGUCACAUGACCUGGAGCUAGCCAAACAGAAAGCUGCUCGGGCUGAGGAAAGCCUCAAGCUGUGGGAGGAGAAACAACUCACCGAGCGCCACGGGUGGAAGGGCGAGAAACUGGCUCUGAUAGGCCAAAUCAAAGAGGCGGAGGACAAAAGAAACCAGGAAAUGAAGAAGUUUGUCGAGGACAGAGAGCGAUACCUGGGCCAGCAGGUCCACUUGGAGGCCCAGCUGGCUCACAAGGAGCAGACCAUGGUCACCUGGAGGGAGGAGAGAGACGCCCUGGUUGCUGCUCUGGAGGUCCAGCUUCACAAGCUGCUGGCCAGCCAAGCCCAAAAAGACAAGCUGAUCCAGCAGCUUCAGGAAAGCAGCACAGAGACGCCAGCAGAGGGUGGCGACAGCCUGGCGGCUCCUCUGGUGGAAAGUGAAGGUCGCAGCUCGCAAGAUCUGCAGUCCAGCCCUCAGGCGACAGACGGUGAGAAAGCUCCUUGUGAUGCAACCGUCAACAAGAAGUUGCCAGCGGCGAGCGAGUGCAGAGCGUCAGGCAGCAGUCAGGCCUCCUCCAGCAACCCCUCCGUGCUAGACUCCUCCCAGAUUUCCACGGAGAACGGCAAGGCCAGCCGCUUCCCGCAGCCCGAGCUGGAGAUCUCCUUCAGCCCUCUGCAGCCUAAUCGCAUGGCACUGCGGCGCCAAGGUCACAACGACACCGUCACCGUCAAAAUCACACGCUCGGCCCGCAAGAGGAAGAGCAGCGAGAUGGAGAAGCAGGAUGAAGUGGAGGCGGAGAAUCGAAGAAACACCAAAGUGACGCCAACACCGACAGCGUACCAAGAGUCGCCUCGUCCAGCUGCUCAUCCCUCCCAGAGCAGCAUCCGCUCCCGGAAGGAAGGAACGCUGCAGAAGAUCGGUGACUUCCUGCAGAGUUCGCCCACCUUGCUCGGCACUAAAGCCAAGAAGAUGAUGAGUCUGGUGAGCGGAAAGAGCGACGCGGACGCGGCCUGCACCACCUCGCCCAUCAGCCUGAGAGUGAAGAGGAACAAGAAGAAGUUGUUCCGGCCACAGAUCUCCUCCCCCAUGUCUAUGCCGUCGCACCUGAUUGUCAGUAACGCGAGCGAGGAAAAGGAAAGUGACCAUGCGAUCUUAAGGAGGUGUCUUCGCUCCACAAAGCUGAAAACAUCCACCUCCUGAAGCCAGGUGCAUACCUUUUCUUGCCUUUUAUUGAAGUCUUGUUAGCCUAGCAUGCUAGGCAGGAGUUCUGUGACCCUAACACUAGUCUAACUGUUUUAUUGAAGUUAUAUAUAUGUCAACUUGUGCAAUUUUUACAGAGUUGUGUCACAGUUUAGUGUCACUAGGGAAACGCGUGUUAGCUUGUAAAUAACUCCUUGUCACUGAAUCCCUGUGCACUUAAAACUUCCUGUCUUAAGGAGGUGAAAACAUUGAAGUGUUCUUGCCGCUGUUAGCCUAGCAUGCUAGGCAGGAGUUCCGUGACCCUAAGGCUAGUCUAACUGUUUUAUUGAAGUUAUAUUUCAAUCACAUGCUAACGCUAACUAGCACUGACUUUAUUUGAAUGUUUCUCUGUCAACUUGUGCAAUUUUCUGUUGUGUCACAGUUUAGUGUCAAAGGAAACGCGUGCUAGCUUGUAAAUAACUCCUUGUCACUGAAUCCUUGUGCACUUUAAACUUCCUGUUUGUCCUCAGACAACCGUUCUUUCAUCAUUAAAAACGUUUGGGUGACUUUUA